CAUUCUGCAAAGAAUGAAUUGCAGAGUUCAGAUCAAACUUCCUCGACGUGGUCCCGUCGAGUAUGAGAAACAAGAUCGAAUAUCUGGUAAAAUAUUCAGUUGCACCUCCGCCUAGUAGAGAUUAUUACGGUCUGAAGAUCUUUGAAGACGAGGUAAUUCUGUACUUAUGGAAAAUUUCUCAUGGACCUCAUAAAGCACCGAUCAUAUAUCGUGCCAAGCUUAUUAAAUUUGAUCAAGAAAAAUCUUUGCAGAACGAAAUACGUCGCGGAUUUGGUAAAUAUUUAUUAAAACACGUGAAAAAUAUUGCUGAAGGAAAUAAAACUCUUUUAACUUUACCAAACUCAGUAAUCGGAAAAAUAUCAAAAUAUUUGGAGUUCACAGAUAUACUUAAAUUAUCUUCAGUAUCACAUAUCGCUUAUGAGGUAUUCAAUACUGAUUUAGUUUGGCAGAUACUUUAUACGAGAGAUAAAAAAGCCAAUAUUAGUUUAGAAGAAAAAGAAAAGGCUAUAAUCUAUGGUUGGAAGCAAUUGUACAAAGAUAAAGAAAUGCAGGCAUCAAUUAAAGAUCAAACGAAUCAUCGAAUUUCAUCAUUGAUUAAAAAUCAUGCAAAAACUAAUAAAUUAUUAAUAAAACCUAUCAGUGAUGCACCAAAAUCUACCCCCAACAAAAUGUCAACGACAAAGAAACGCUUAGAAUCUUCGAUGAUAGAUCUUGUUUCAAUCCCACUUUCUAAAACAAUGUCUGAUACUCGAUUUCGCGUGCAUACAAAGAAUGAGAAGCCGUUUCUGCAAAAGAAAGACAUAAAAAAUACUAGUUCUACAUUCAACAUGAAUGAGAAGAAUGUUAAAAAAGAUCGUAUCACGUCAAAAACGACAACAAAGCAAGAAACUAGAAGUGUCUCUAAACGUAACGAAAUAUCUGACAAACAAAUAAGUCAAACAAUGAAAUCAAACGAAAAAUGCUCAAAUAAAAUCAACAACAUCAACACAAAAUCAAUGACAUCAACACAAGAAAGUAAAUUAAAAUGUAAAACACAAACUGCUUCUAAAACAUCCGUUUCAAAAAAUAUUGUAGGAAAUAUCAAAUCAUCCCCAGUUUCCAUACAAAAUUUGCAUAAUAAAACUCAAUCACAGACAAAGAGCAAACCUAAGAAGAAAGUAAUUGCGACAAAAUCUGAGAUAUUUAACACUGAUGAAGAGUUGUCCGAAAACCCUUUUAUAGUCAGAGAUGACAAAGUCGAUCUGGCUAAUCUAAUUGAAGCAAGUUUAAAAAACAUUCGAAGUCCGCGAAGCAUAUUUGAUUAUGAUUUCAGUUGCGUAGAACAGUCAAACAGAACAAAGGACAUUUUAGGUAUUAGAAAUGAAAUUCAGAAUAUUGAUAAAUCGAAACAAUUAGAACCUAUCAAAAGUAGUCUCAACACAGAUAAUUUUUCUCACAAAAUAAUUCGGGGUGACGGAAUUCUGGAGAAGUUUUCGGAGAAAUCUGAGAUGUUUAGCGAAGCAUCCAUUGAGUCUCUUCGUAAAAAUUUUUUAUCAGAAGGAGACAAUAAACCUAUUUCACUUUCUGAGAAGUAUAUGAAAGCCCGGGAAGAACUUCGAAAAUCUUUAGAAUGGAAUCGAAGUGAUCCAAUAUUUUCUCAAGAUCGGGAUCUAGAUAAAAAUUUUCAAAAUAAAGUCUGUAUAAGUCCCAGGAAGAUUGUUAAUAAUAAUAAUAAUGAAAAAUCCCCUCUAUUCCUAAGAGACCAUUAAAAACUUCUUUUCUAAAAUACCCUUCGAGCGGUUUAGAGAAAGG